AUGAAGUUCAAUACUGCUAUCGUCUUGUUCGCCGCCCAAAUUAGCGGUGGAUUCGCUGCUGCUGUUUCUUCUGCGGCCGCUGAGUGUGGUUCCCUUGGUGUCCUGGAGAUCGACUUGAACGACCUUCCUGCCAGCGUCGACCCAAGCGCCCUCCGCAAAUGCGCUGGUCAUCCUUUGGGACAUACGCGCGAUCUCAAAAAAACCACCUACACCCCUCUAACUCCUGAGGAGAUUGAACGGGCUCAAAAUGUAGAGCUCGAUGCGAGAUCAGUCAUUCCAGCGCUAUCUGGCCGAGCCGCGAACGCAUGCUGGUUUGGUGCUUCCUCCGGCUGCACUGAUGGGUACUGCUGGAAGUCCUGUGGAAAUAACGGAGAAUGGUGUUGGACUGCCGCGAAUGGUGGUUCAGGAAAUUGGCUGCAGUGCAACAGCGCCAAUCAGUGUGGUACUGGAGAGGCUUGUGGCAAAGGCUGCAAGAAGUCAAAGAGCUGCGGCUGCAGCUGCUAG